AUGGAGUCGAGAUCGCUGGUGGAGAUAUGCGGGACUUACAGGACCAAAUGUGGGUACUGCAAGCCCGACACCAAGACAUCAGUAUCGUACGGUCUGCUCGCGAAGAGACUGACGUGUGCUGACUACCAAGAGCUGAUCGACCGGGGUUGGCGGCGGUCAGGAACUUUUGUUUACAAGCCCGUGAUGCACGAGACUUGCUGUCCGCAGUACACCAUCCGUCUGGACGUGACCCGUUUCAAGCACACCAAGGGGCAACGGCACGUGCUAAACCGCUUGAGGCGGUACCUUGACGGCGACAAGGACGCUGGUAGUAGCACGGAUGCCACCAACGGCCAAGGGGACGCGGGGGGUGGCAGCAACAGCAGCAACGGUGCUAUUGACGGGAGAAAGAAGAAACGGAACCUGCCUCAGGAGGCGCAACGCGGGAAGGGUAUUUCUGGAAACGGUGACGCUCGGCGAGAAAAAUCAGAAAGGCUCAGCGCGUUGAGCGAGCGCAUAGCGGUGGCUGCGCUCGCUGCAAUGGAGAGUGGGGCGGUACCUGGUCUAGGUUUCGAGCCGGGAUGGCGAUCGGAGGUGUUGGGUUGGUCUCAGGUGAGGCCCAUUCGAAACAAGAACGUGCUGGCAUCUGGUGGAGGUUUUUGCAGCCCCGUAGCACUUCGCAUCGCCUCCGCUGCACGCAAGCAAGGCUGGCACGGAGUCGGGGGCGGCGGUGGGGCGGUCGCCAUCGCUGAGGCUACGGCGGAGAAGCUGAGAGUAGCAGCGAGCGGGGGUGGCAAGGGGCCAGUGCUUUCGGCAAUAGCUGUAGCACCCAACGGGUUUAUCAACCUCGAAGCGGGUUUUGCGCCGUCCUGCACUUCGGCAUCCCAGAACCACGCACAACUCCCACCACCAAACGCGCUACUCCAAGCCAGACCUAGCGGCUCUCCGACCCCGCCAGCGACUCCGCCUUCUCCUCCGGCCCCUGGCUCUGCUCUUCCUCCCAACAUCCCGCCAGUCGGUGGUGCUUCGGUUAGAGGCGCUGUGGCGAGCAGGUCAACGGUAAAGCUGAUGCCAAUGGAAGGGGGCAGACCAGAAGGAGGAAAUAGCUCCUCAGGGUCGGAAACGACGGGAGGAGAUGUGAACCCGGCGCAGGCAGUGCUCAGCUCAUCGGGCGAGGCGGCGGCGUUGCCGACCGAAGGUGUCCGGUUAGGGCAAACCAGAACAACCACGAGACACGAGGGUGAUGGUCCGUUCACGGCGGCGGCUGCGGCAGCACGGAUGGAGUGGAUUGAAAGGCAGGGGAACAACGAGGGAGCCAUGCACGCGGAGACUGCGGCUGCGCCGAAAGGGUUCACGCCGCAAGCACCAUCAGGCUCAGAGUCGAGAACGGGUCUUGCUAGCUUGCCACGGCUCGACCCCGCAGUGGAACCACACCGCAUGACGGUGUCGACUGUGCCUGCGCGCGUGACGGACGAGGUGUUUAGACUCUACGUGAAGUAUCAGGUGAGCGUGCACGGCGACGAGCCGUCGGAGGUAACUCCAGACCAAUUCCGCCGCUUCCUCGUGGAUAGCCCGCUCAUUCGCGAAACGAUCGGCGGAGCCAGCGUCAGACCGAGAAAACCCUCGUUCCGGCGUGGGCCGACUGGCGGGUCGCCGUUUCAUGUUGGCGAUUGUGGAGUGCAGGAAAAUGCCGAAGACGAGAGUUCGGAAAUGACAGAGGGCCGAGAUAGCCUUUCCGUGCCCUACGGAAGCUACCACCAACUUUAUCGCAUCGAUGGCAAGCUUAUUGCGGUCGGGGUCGUCGACGUCUUGCCCAAGUGCUUGUCGUCGGUGUACUGCUUUUAUGAUCCAGAUUACCGGGCGCUCGCGCUGGGUAAGCUGACGGCCCUGAAGGAGACCGAGUUCAUCAGAGAGGCUAGCGUGGUGAGACCAGCUCUACGAGACUACUACAUGGGCUUCUACAUACACACAUGUCCCAAGAUGUCGUACAAGGGCUCCUACACCCCGUCCUUUCUUCUCUGCCCUGAGCGCCUCACGUGGGUGCCUCUCGAGCUCUGCCGCCCGGUUCUCGACGUCCACAAGUACGCUUGUCUGUCAAACUUACUUGGCUCACCUGUGCCGGCUGCUCAUCCGUCCCAAGUUGUUUCUGGAUCAGAUGCCGGAGUGGGCAACGGAUCCCAACCUCGAAGAUCUGGCAGCAUGGGAAGUGCGGGUGGGGGUUUUGGUUCGUCGGUACGACCGGCCGAUGGCGGCAGGUUUCCGCAGCGUGAUGCAGCGGACUCGGAGUUAGCGAGAGGAUCACGAGCCACGGGACAAACGUCGCCGAGCUCGGGUUCCUAUUCUCCCCUGUCUUCGCUGUCGCCAGAUCGGCGCGAGGUCGGGCGGGGACGGUCUCGCAACGGCUAUUCUUCUUCCGCUCGCUCCAUCCAAGCAGACGAGAGUGCAGCGACAAGCCGGUUCGGCCGCGAAACUCAUGGCGAAAUGAUGGGAAUCGCGGCGGCGGCGGCAGCAGCGCGUAGAUUUGCGGCGGAACGGGCGGCAGCGGCGCGCGCGGCUCAGGCAGCAGCAGACGAAGCUUCUGGGAUCAACGAUAUACCUCUGAUGGUAGGCCAACCUUCUUUCCCCGUCAACUUCUCUGCGCUCACGCCUCACUCGCAGGCGCUCGUUAGGGACGUGCUCAGCACGUACGUCGCCACCGUAGGGUCGGACCUCGCGAAGAAGAUAGUGUUGAAGUUGCACGGUUGACGGUGCGCGGAUACUGAGCGCGCUACGUCCGCGGUAGCUCCGAUUUUCGCUGCCCAAUAGGCUUGCCGCGCGCAAAGCAGCAACACGCGAAUCGUCUCUCGGCGUCGAAGGAUAAGAGAGAGAUUCCAGCUUUGCGUGCGGUUUCAAACCUUGCAGUGUUGCACAAAGUAAAAGUAAAAAUUGUACAAAUAGCACCAUCUAUAGCUCGUUUUGGUGCGUCGAUGUGUGGCGGGACAGUGUUGUCGUUCUUGGAUGUUUGUUGUUGAGGGCGAAACGCAUGGGACAUGUAUUCGGUGGCCCAGAGGUUGUCCCCUCGCGAACCUUCGAAGCGUGAGAUCGUGUGUUGGAGUCUCGUCAGCGGAGACGCUGCUGAGCCUCCUUCGACAAGUGUUGUUUGGAGCUGCUUGUUCUGUCUGUUUGCUUGGGUACAAGAAGUGCUCGAAGGCACGAACAGAAUGUGGGUGUAGGUGCUCGGGGAGAGGAGUCAUUCUGUCAGACAAGGGGUUGACGGCUUUCCAGGUAGCACGUACGUCACGUGUGUCUUCGUCCUAAUUAUUACGAGGUGGUCGGGCGGCUUUCGCCGCCUCGCUCAGUAGAUCGAUUCCUAUUGAUAAUGGCGACAGUCCCCCCAUUU